AUGCUGGAUUCAACAUUAUCUUCACCAAAUUCGUCACAACAACCACUCCCCAAUCAAUCAUCUCAACCUAUUGCUAUUCCUCCAGUCACAACAUCUCCUCCACCGAAUAAUGCUACUACUACUAAUCCUGCCUUGAAACGAAAAAGAGUUAGACAAGCUUGCGAUUUUUGUCGAUCUAAAAAAGCAAAAUGUGAUGGUAUUUCACCAACUUGUUCAAAUUGUUUAAAUAAUAAUGAAAAAUGUAUUUACACUCAACCUAUAAAAAGAAGAGGUUUGCCAACCGGUUAUACACAUGAUUUGGAACGAAAGGUUUUAUUAUUUCAAAGCAUAUUAGGUAAUAUAGUACUAGAUAAGCAAGUUGAAAAAACUAUACUAGCUUUAUUAAAUGAUUCGAGUUUUUUACAAAACAUACAAGAGUCUCAACAAAUUUGGAAGAAUAGUUCAGUUUCAAACCAGGUUGCUAAAUUAGUAAGUGGAAAAUCAAAUUUGCAAAAUUUAAAAUCAAGUUUAAACAAUCAAAAAGAUGCUAAAACUGAAAAUACGGUCAAAGAAGAAAUACCACAACCAAUGAGUAUAGAUUCAAUGCUUGAUAAUGUGGGUAAUUUCACUAAUGAUCCAUCAUUUUUCCUCAAUUAUGAUAUUUUCCAAUUUGUUUCAGAUGAUAUUGAAAUUAAUCUACGUAAUGAUACUACAUGGGAACCUGUUGCAUUACAAUACCAUGGCUUAUCAUCUAUUAUUUCAUGUUUUACAAAUAAAGCAGUCCAACAAUACAACAACAAAUUAGUCAAUAAAUAUAAAAAUCCGUUUCGUGUUGGUUCAAUAUUCAAUAUUAGUUCAUUUGCUGUAAAAGCACGUCUAACCGAUAAAAUUCAAUUACCUACUGAAAUUUUUCAAUUUCCUUCAAAUACAAGAAAAUUGGUUGAUAAUUAUUUUCAAAUUUAUCAUUGUUGGUUACCUAUGUUAGAUAGGAUAUCAAUAAUUAGACAAUUACAUAAUUUACGAAGUUUAAAUAAUCAUCAUCAAAAAAUAGAUUGUAAUUUAAUUGCAUUAGUGUGGGCAAUUUUAGCAUUAGGUGAACUGGCAGCAUCAAAUGGAAAUUUUAAUGUAAAUUUAGUUACAACAUAUGCUGAAAAUUCUAUAUUAGCAUUAGAAAAUUCAUUGACAUCAACUAUUGAAACUAUACAAGCUAUGAUUUUAUUAGGCUUUUUUUAUUAUCAAUUAGGUCAAUGGGAUUUUUCAUGGAUUUUAAUUAGUUCUGGUUCCCGUAUGGCAAUUGAUGUUAGAUUAAUGAGAUCUGCUAAAAAUGAAACAACAUCAAAUGAUUUAAAUUCAUGUUCAACUUUAAAUAAUAUAAGUCGAGAAAGAACUUGGGCAACUGUUUAUUUUGUAAAUACCGCAUUAUCUGCAAGAAUGGGUAGAACACCAGUUGUUCGAGCUUCAGAUUGGCCAAUUCCCAAAAUUAAUAUUGAAGGUUGGGAAGAAUGGGAAUCUUGGCAAUGUUUUCAUAAUCCUAAAAUUCAAGUUGAAAAUGGUAGAUUUUUAUCAACUUUUAAUGAAUCCUUAAAAGGAGUACAUUUGUUAAAUUUAGCAAUUACAUCAACAUUAGAUCCUUCAGAAGGAAUGACAAAUGAUGAUAGUUCAAGCUCAGAUAGUGAUUUGAAUGAUAUCAGAAAGAAUUCAAAUAAAUUAACCAUGGCAACUUUUAAAAAGAAAUUAAAAGAUUGGAUCAUGAAUUUACCAAAUCAUUGUAAAUUAGAAAAUUAUUCAAUGGAUUUAGUACCUCCCGCGAUAUUAUGUUUACAUUGUAUUAGAGAAUUAAUAUGGUGUAUAUUAGCCAUUCGAUUAAGUUCAAUUUCUAAUGAUGCAAAAGUAAUGAAAUCAAGAAAUCAACAAUAUACAAAAUCUGUAUUAAAAAUUAAACAAUUAUUUAAUUUAGAUAAUAUGGUAUAUUUUGUUAAUUAUCCAUUUAUUGAUUAUGUGAUAACUAUAAGUUUAACUUUCCCAGAAAUGUUGGAUUUUGAUUCUGAAUUUGAAAAAAUGAAAUAUUGUAAAGAAAUGAAACAAAUUUUUCAACAAGCAAAAUUAAAAUCAAUACCAUGUAGAAUUAGUUAUGAAUUAUUUGAAAUUAUGAAUUUAAAUGAAAAUAAUGAAACAAAAGCUCAAGAAAGCCCCACAAUUGCAAAUUUAUUAAAUAGUCCAACUAUAAAAGAAAAAAAUCAUGAAGAAGAAGAACAACAACAACAUCAACAGCAACAGCAACCUGCAGAAGCAAAUAAUACUCAACUUCAACCACCUAUUCCACCUCCAAUUCAUUUACAAUCACCGUCUAUGCCACAUUAUGUUCCUCAACAACAACACCAACACCGACCACAACCACAACCACAUUUAAAUCAUUAUCAACAACAUUCAUCACCUCAACAGCCAUUUAUAAAUCAUUCACAAGUACCUUCUCAAUUACCUAGAAAUGGGCAUUAG